AAGAGUCGGACACAACUGAGUGACUGAACAGCAAGGAAAACCAGGGUUAUUAAAUCAUUUGCCAAGAGUAACACGGCUGGGAGGUGCAGAAUCUGCCUGACAAACCUCUUUUGACCAAACCUUAGAACAUUUUUCCCUGUCCCAAUUCCUUUACAAAGACAUUUCCCUAUGUGUUUCCUUCUUUUUCAACAAGCCAUCUUCUUAGAUGAUGAUCACUAUUCCUUGAGAAUUUAUAAUAACUGAUAAUGAUGAUAUCGUGUUCUUUCUGGGAUGAUAACAUUGUGACCAAAGAUUGUAUAUGUCACAGGCUAAAGGGCUUAUAUCUGGGGACACCCCAAAUCAUUCCAUAUUGGUGAACCUUGGGGCAAAACCAGUCCUCAUUCAGUUUUGCAAGUGUUUGGGCUCAAAAUGCCCCCUGACUUAGAAGCAAGAUACUAACACAUUGAUAGGUUAAGAAUGAUGAGAUGUUCUAUUAGGCAGUACAAAAGGCAGGAGUGCAUUAAUACUGUUUUCAUCUAAGCAGUUAAUUUUCCACCAAGCAGAACAGACACUGUUCAAAGAAAAACAUCACCUUGUAAACACGCUUUAGCCUUGCCCUGAUUUUUUUAAAUCCGACUUUAAAAAAUUGCUCAGUGCCCUGUGACCAUGUGGCCUUUGUGAUUGUGAAGAGAUGAAGCAACUAAAUUUAAUCUUAUGCUCACUCAUGAAGGGACAUCAUGUUACUCUUGUAUGACUUAGUUUGAGUUAGAUUAUUAAUUCUGGACUAGUGACAACUAUGUCAAAGCUGACCCUUCCCAAAAAGAAACUCACCAAAAGGUCAGAUUUAAUACACAGAAGACAGUGGGAUAAAUCAAGCCCUAAAAACAGCAGGUACUAUUCUGGGUGCUGUGAAGGGAAGAGAGAGGAGUCAGAUCUGGGCUAAAGGGUACCUUGUACACAGGGCAGGAAUGGCAGGAGUUGGCACUCAGCGUGGCAGGAAAAUGAUCUCACUUUCAUGAUUACAUGUUGGGUGGGGAGGCCCUACCUGCCCCUGAAAAUAGCAAGGCCAGCACAAUGCCAGCAUAGGGAGUGGAGCCUGGGCCAAAGCCAGUGUGGCACAGAGUUAAGUGCUCUGAGGUUGGACCUGAUAGCUGACUGUGAAGUCUGACUCUUCUACUUAUGGCCAGUGUGAUCCGAAGUAAUUUACCAACCCCUCUGAGCCUCAGCUUCUUCCCAUAAGCAAUAAACACCAUAAUAUCAACCUAAUGUAAAGCUCUUAGCAAAGUACUCUAUAACUAUUAUCGUUAUUAGGCCAAGGAAGUGCUUCAGAAGGAACAUUUCCUUAAAAAAAAAAAAAGCAUGAACUCCAGGCAUUUAUCCUUUACAAAACUUUCCAUGCUAAAACCCAGAAACAGCUUGCCCAAUAGUCAAGAGCUAAGGUGAUUUAUCUCCUUGAUAAAACAUUUUGCAGCUAUAAAACAUUUUAACAAUGAAGACAGUGUAGCAAUAUGGAAAAGCACUGGGUGAUACUGAAAGAGCAGACUGGGACACCGUCCUUAUGGUGCUGUUAAGGAGCCAAAUACUUAAUGGCACAAGUGUCACAGUUCAGAUCAGUUCAGUCGCUCAGUCGUGUCUAAGUCUUUGUGACCCCAUGAACCGCAGCACACCAGGCCUCCCUGUCCAUCACCGACUCCAGGAAUCCACCCAAACCCAUGUCCUUUGAGUUGGUGAUGCCAUCCAGCCAUCUCAUCCUCUGUCGUCCCCUUCUCCUCCUGCCCCCAAUCUUUCCCAGCAUCAGGGUCUUUUCAAAUGAGUCAGCUCUUUGCAUCACGUGGCCAAAGUACUGGAGUUUCAGCUUCAGCAGCAGUCCUUCCAGUGAACACCCAGGACUGAUCUCCUUUAGGAUGGACUGGUUAGAUCUCCUUGCAGUCCAAGGGACUUUCAAGUCUUCUCCAACACCACAGUUCAAAAGCAUCAAUUCUUUGGCGCUCAGCUUUCUUUAUAGUCCAACUCUCACAUCCAUACAUGACCACUGGAAAAACCAUAGCCUUGACUAGACAGACCUUUGUUGUCAAAGUAAUGUCUCUGCCUUUUAAUAUGCUGUCUAGGUUGGUCGUAACUUUCCUUCUAAGGAGUAAGCGUCUUUUAAUUUCAUGGAUGCAAUCACCAUCUGCAGUGAUUUUGGAGCCCAGAAAAAUAAAGUCUGACACUGUUUUUCCUGUUUCCCCAUCUAUUUCCCAUGAAGUGAUGGGACCGGAUGACAUGAUCUUAGUUUUCUGAAUGUUAAGCUUUAAGCCAACUUUUUCACUCUCCUCUUUCACUUUCAUCAAGAGGCUUUUUAGUUCCUCUUCACUUUCUGCCAUAAGGGUGGUGUCAUUUUCAGGUGUCACAGGGUAAAAGUUAAAGUAACUGAAAGGGACUAAGGGAGGUUUGUAAAUUUGUGUGUGACGUGGAGGCCUGGAUAGGUAAACAAAGAAUUACAGAGUAGGUAGUAAUUGAGCUGUUCUGGAAGAAUGGACAGAAUUUCAUGUUCAGGGCACAGAAUGAAGCUCUACUUGUGAUGGGAAGACACUCAGUGAAGCGCUAGAAGAGUCAGGAAGAGAGGUUCUGCCAGGACAAGGUCAUAAACAGGUCAGACUCAAGGACAACCCUGAAUGCCUGGCUGUGUUGUCUGAACUUUGCACUCUAACCUUUUUUGAACGGGGAGAAAGCCACAUUUUGGGGGAAACUGGAAGCAUGGGAUACUGUUAAAAGGCAGUAAUCUCUCAGAAGAUGAGGGGCUGAGAGCUUUGGGACAAAUGUGAGAACUGGAAGCAAAGGUCUGACCCAAGAAAUAUUUUGAUUGUUGCAGCAUCUCUUUCUUUUGUCUUUCUAACUCACAUGGCUUCUCCCUGCUCCGUCAUCUCUUCUCCAAGUCUUUUCUUACUGACUGCUGUGGGCCACCAACUUCUACUGACCUAGAGCUCUCAUCAGUUCUUCCCAUCCCCUUAACAGAUGUGUAGCCACCCCCCCAGGCCCUCCUCUGGACCAGGCAGCCUGGAAGGAGGCAUUUGCUGGGAAACAGUGACUAGGACGGAAAAGGGAAAGACCAUUCUUCCACACCAUUUCCCUCAGUCACUCCCGCCACGCCUGGGAUGGGGCAUGAUUUUCUCCUCUGUAAAACCAAGAAACAAAAAGGAAUGUGCCUCCGUUUCCGGUGUGCCUCCAGUCUUCCACUUCAGCCCACAGCACUGUGCACACCUCAAGAACAAAUACCUGACCCAGGCCAGUGCAAACCUGACGUUUUCUCCGGAGGUGGUGUGGCAGCGAGGGCUGCCCAGCGUCCCUUACAGCCAGUACAGCUUUGACCAUCUCUACGACGCCAGUGGCAUAAUUCAGCCUCGCCAGGUCAGGACAGCCCGGCCUGAGAAGAAGCCCGUCUGCCUCAAGGUCUCAGAUUCUCCAGGUCCCCCAACAAAGGUCACCUCCCAGGCUGUGAAGACGGAAAGCUAUGCCAAUCCUACAAAACUGAAGAAAUUAGAGCCAGCUAGUGUAGGCCAGGAGGCAUCUAGCCCCCUCAGUGUUCAUCCAAGCAGGGAGCUAGACAUGCUGGACCUGUCACUUGCUCCAGAAGUGAACCUGGAGGAGAGGGAAACCUGGCUUCCGCCUGCUGAGAAGGCGGCCAGAGCGUGGGAGGCCGUGGUGCUGGAAAAGCUGAACAAGCGCACUGCCCGAUGGAUCCAGAACAAGCGUCCUCCAAGGCCGGGGGUGUCCGCCAGUAAGUGGCAGAGCUUCUUGCGCCAGCAGUACGACUGGAGCCACAUCCGCGAUGAGCUCACUUCCUCCAGUGACCUGGACCUCUUGAAACAGCUGGAGGAAGAAGAGACGGCAGAAUUUGAGGGUCGAAGUGUCGUCCUGCCCACCCUGGAGGAAAAGAAGCCAGAGCUGCUGCUUCCCGUCUAUUAUCGACUGCCGAAUUACUUGCCGCAAGUGCAGACAGCUGAAACCAUGCCUGGCAUGAAUAAGACGGCUGAGGAAAUAGAUGAAAAGGGGAGCCUCUACAAGCCCCCAAGCCAGAGCCACGUUCGACAGGUGAAUCCGCGAGCUGGAAAGUUUGCUUACUCCACAGGCAACACCUUUGAACAGGAGAUUUACUUCGAUGAAGUCCAGAUCGUCCACCAGAUUGGUGCAAAGAGAGACCAAAUUCUCCUGGAAAAUCUCAAUCAAUACAUCAAGCAGUUAUCUAAGGUCUUCCCUGAAACCCCAGAAAGGUGGACUUCUCAGCCAGUUCCUGAAUCAACUUGCAAGCCUGUGAAAGGAGCCAUGCGCUGGACAGCUUUGCCCACACCGGCCACGGAUCUGCUGCUGAAGGUGGGUGAGAAGGACAUGUCCGUGAAGACCAGGAAACUGAAGAAGCAAGCAGAGUCACUGAAGGAGAAUGUGUCUUGGGAACUGGUGGUCCUGCGAAGGAUGCUGCAGGAAUGGAAGGUGGCCUGGGCUCUAAUCAUCGAGUGGCACCAUAAGACUGUUGAGGGCCUGCUGCAGAGCUUGGUGGACAUCCAUGAUGACGUCCGGAUCCAAGCCAUCAUCACUUGUGCCACGGCUGCUUUAGAACGGCCCCGUGCUGCCGUCAGUCGAGGGGACUCCGACAAGGAAACGAUGAAAGCCUCAUCUAUUCAGGACUUGCCAGAGGUUCUACAGCCCCCACUAAUGGCUGCUCUUUGUGAUAAGAAUGCCAAUGUGCGGAUGGCAGCAGCAGUAUGCCAAUAUGCCAUACAGUCACAUAAUCCUCUUGCCCAGGAAAUCAUGCAGACUGUCCUUCUGAAGGGUAAUACCGUGGACAGCUGGGCUGCAGCUCAGUGCCUGGCUCUGGACGGUGCGGCCACUUACCCUGUGAUUAAGAGGAUCAUCCACCAGCUGUUUCAUAAGAAGAAUGAGGACACCGAGCAACAGUCUUGUACGCUCCUGCGCCAUCUCAGUGGAAAGACAACCCUGAUACAUACCAUGCUUGCUGUGGAGCUGAAUAGCCGUCAAUGGAAAGACCGCAUUGUGGCCUGCAGGGCUCUCUCCCGGAUCGGUGGAAAUGUCAGUUUGGAUAUGAAACAUAAGUUGAUCCAGCUGAUGUUGAGUGACUGGAAUAAGAAAGUGAGACACGCAGCUGCCCAAGCUCUGGGGCAAAUGAACCUUGGAAAAGAGGUGCAUGACACAAUCAGAAUCAAGCUGGGUCAAGGAAAUUUCCAGGGGCGUGUGGAAGCCCUCUACCUGAUUUGUGGGCUCAAGCUUAUGACCGCCAAGCUUCUCCCAAGCUUUCUGGACUGCUUCUCUGAUGACUUCAUGGCAGUUCGGCGGGCAGCUUGCUUGGCAGCUGGUGCCCUGCAGAUCCAUGAUAAUAGGGUCCUUGAAUGCCUUCUGAAUCUGAUACAGGGAGAUCCCUGCUGGAAAAUCAAGGCCUUUGCCAUUCGAGCUUUGGGGCAAAUUGGCUGCGUGAGCCCCCAGCUGACAGACCUCCUGCUCUGGGCUAUCCACUAUGAAGAGUCACCAGGUGUGCGACUAGAGGCUUGCCGGAGCAUCCUAGCCCUCAGACUUCAAGGAGACCGGGUCAGGGACACCUUCCUCGACGUGCUUCUCCUAGAAAACCAUGAGGCUGUUCUGAAAGAAAUUCACCAUGCAAUGAAGAUACUCAACUUAGAAAAUGAAGGAAACCAAGAAAUGCUUCAGGAGAUCAGGAACAGGAUUCAAACACUAAGCCAAAAGGAACUGUUGAUACAGAAAGUAUUCAAGAUUGAGGCAGCCAUAAGAAAAGUGAAGGAGGAAGCAAAACGUGUUUAUGUGCAACCCAAAGAAGGGCAAAAACCACUGAAGCUCCAUACUUUUCUCCAGGAAAUUUUUCAGGGUAGGUUUUCUAGGAAUGAGUCCUAUGCCUUGAUUCCCUGAACAAGCCUUUUUCAGGACUGGGUGUCUGGGGUCUUAGUUGUGAGCCCUGUAGGAUGAGAGCCAGGAAAGGGUCCUUCUCUUUCUUCUUGGCCACCAUCCUCUCAGUCUGUUAUCUUUUCUUUGCCCCUUGGGUUUUGAUUUUGCUAUCUGUCCCUUUACAAAAUGUCGCUCUAACUGAACCAAUUUGAAAGUGAAGUAAAAAAAGGACACCUUAGAAAAACAAAAAAACCUGCCGUGUGUCUGGCUAAGCACUCAGAAAAAGCCUUGAAGCUUAAUAGACUGAGAUGUACACUUGUGUACAUGUAAGCUUUUGCAACUUAAAAAAAGACUUCAUGAAGUUUUCAACUUUAUAUAACUGAAACUUAGCACUCAUGGCAAAAUGAUCUUAAAAGUUCCAGAUACAACCUAAAUGAUGAGGUGGAAAC